AUGAAGUGGAGUAGGAAACAUGCCAACAAGGUCCGUCUCUUCUACAUGCUUCAUCCUGAGGACGGAGGACCUCCCUCCAAGAGACUGAGACCUGACAACGCUGUACCCAUAGUGGCCCAGUCCCACUACCAGGGAAAGACUCAUGCUAAGAGCGUCAAACUAGUGUUGGGCUCCUCACCUACUAUUUCUACUACCCCUCCCACAGACUCCUCCCCCAGUUCAUCUGACACGCACCCUCUGCCAAUGCCGCCUCCCCCAGCCCCUCCCAUUACCUGGCUAGUGACCAAUAGCAACACAGUGUGUAGGUCGUGCUUCCUGUGUGGGGCAUGGUUCAACAACCCAGCGAUGGCCCAGCAGCACUACGAGGGGAAGAAGCACCGGCGGAACGCAGCCAGGAGACAACUACUGGAACAACUAGCUGAUAACCUGGACAGCAACCAGAACACAGGCCUGCAGGCCUCCUUUGACAAAUGCACUAUCACUGGCUGA